AAGAAACAACAUCAUACACUAGAUGAAGUGUUCAAAUUGCUACAAGAAAGCGUUCACAGAACCCAUCACUCGUCGCAUCGUGAGUUGUCAUAAUGACUUGUCUACCGAAUGUAUAACGUUGCUUAGCAACACCAGCGUCUCUCACACCACCCCCUCCCCCAAUGUAAUCCUCAUCCUUACAUUCCUGUAUUUAUUAAUAUGAAGGGCCCGGACUAAAAAGGACAUUUCCCCUACGCUCAACGCCUAUUUUUCCUUAUUAGGACGCUACGAUCAUUUCCCUGCGUCUCUUCUCGAUAUUGCAAUACCUCUCCCACCACUCCAACAUGUCGAGGAGACAGAAACAAAAAGAUGAUACCGAAGUCAAAGCUAUCUCCAAUGAUAUCAUGGAGAUGUACAAUAGAGGCAUCCCGCUAUUCACCAAAGAUGCCAUUCGAAGAGUGGCCGAGCAACUUGACAAGUACAGAGACAAUGAGCUCGAAGGUAACAAGCUCCGUUUCAAGAAUAUGAAGGGCGAAGAUUUCGAGGUCAUACUCGACCCAAAUAUGCCGCCGGUUUGGGUAGAUAAACGGUGUAAUCAUGGUGACAGCCGCUUAGGGCCGUAUAUAUACUAUCGUUCGAUACAAUACGUCCUUGCUCAGGAAGAUAUGAACACUGUCAACCCCCAGAAAGCUUGUCUCGCAAUAGGAGUUACGUGGCCAGGCCCGCGCCCCGUAGUGCACCACCACAGAAUGCCUUCAAUCGACGAAACCGUGUCCACCGGCUUCCAUACAGCGAAGCUGAGCGAGGCAUUCGACGAUGUAAGACAGCAGUGGGAAACAAGCGAGCAGUACGCCCAGCUCAAAAAGCUGCUCAAGUCGAAAAAAGCGCAGCUAUCCAACGUCAAGAAGAUCGUCGCCUUCGCCCUGGGCACCCUAGCCACCGGCUCCAGGGCAUCUCGUCCGUCGAUGGUCCAGCACGCGCUCGUCCUCAGCCUCCAGCAGCUGUUGCGGAAAACGAAAGAGGCCGACAACAAGAUUUCCAGAAUGCUUCGCAACGCGAAGAACUCGCUGUCGAGAAGCAAGCCGUUCGAACCCCCGUUCCCGUGCUUCGCGCAGGAUCCGGCUUAUUUACCCUGCGACAAGAGGAUCCUGGCAGAGGCGGGAAUCACGGUGCUGGAGGACCCCCGCGCUUUUCUCGAAGUGGACGACACAUGCCUCGUGGUCUCUGUCGACCCCAAUAUCCCUGUCCGGCAGAUCAUUGCUGAUAUAGCGCGCCCGGUCGCUAUUAUCCAACACAGGAUGAUGGAAAUGAACGGGCCAGAGGCUCAAGCCUGUGCCGACCAUGCGUCCGUGCGUGUCCAACGAAUGUUGGAAGGUGAGUAUGACGAGGAACCCCUUAGAUAUCAUGAGUCUUUACAUGACGUCUCAAUGUACAUCAGAAAGCCCAUGCGCAAAACCGCGUGAUCACUUGCUCGAUUCGGUUUGUACUCGCUAUGUCUAUCAGAACUAGGUACUCCAUACGCU